GUAAGGGUUGUGGAGUUAGGAGACGAGAACGACUUACUGGAGAAGGCUGUCCUUUCUCAUUUAGAGCAUUUAAAUAGUGGGAGCGGACACAGCGGGCAUAUAUGUGUUUUGGAUGCUACGUCUGAGCUAGAGCUAGGAAAAAGGAAGGGAUGGCAGACAUACGCAAAAAACUUGUCGUGGUGGGGGACGGCGCAUGUGGGAAAACAUGUCUACUGAUUGUAUUCAGCAAAGACGAGUUUCCUGAGGUGUAUGUUCCGACUGUGUUUGAGACAUAUGUGGCGGACAUAGAAGUGGACAACAAGCAAGUCCAGCUAGCUCUGUGGGACACCGCUGGACAGGAGGACUAUGACCGGCUGCGCCCCCUCUCCUACCCGGACACUGAUGUCAUUCUGAUGUGCUUCUCCGUAGACAGCCCGGACUCAUUGGAAAACAUCCCUGAAAAGUGGGUCCCUGAAGUCAAACACUUUUGUCCUAAUGUACCAAUUAUAUUAGUGGCCAACAAGAAGGAUCUGCGCAACGACGAGAACGUAAGGAACGAGCUGUCCCGGUUGAAGCUGGAGCCAGUGAAAACAGAGGAUGGCCGGGCCAUGGCCAUGCGCAUUGGCGCAUAUGACUAUUUGGAGUGCUCUGCCAAAACCAAGGAGGGGAUCUGGGAAGUAUUCGAGACUGCAACACGGGCAGCGUUACAAAAACGAACAACACCCCCAGGUGGUUGUCUCAAAUGCUGUGUUUUGAUGUGAAUCGAUUCUGUCUGGCGAUGAGGUGCAGACAAGACGUUACCGCCGCUGGGAUCUGUGUCUGAACAUGUAUGGGCAGUGACCAUGGUUUGGAUACUCCCUUGUGAUCAGACGACCUUGGCUGAACCAGAACGAAGGACUGCAAAGAAGUUGUUUUGAACACACUCGAUAAUCAUCUGAUAUCGUUGUGUGUGUCCGUGUGUGUGUGUGUGUGUGUGUGUGUGUGUGUGUGUGUGUGUGUCUGUGUGUGUGUGUGUGUGAAAUGCACUGGUUACAGCAUGUUCUUUGUGGGUCACAUGAUCCCAGUCUGACUGGUGGAGGGGUAAAAAGGACAAACCACAAACAUUUCAAUGGACGCCUGGACCCCUGUCUCUUAUGUGGACAAGGCCUGCUUUCGAGCCAAGAUUUCACUUGCUCACUUUUUGUGUUUCACAGUGUUUGCUUAGGCCACUGCCUUACUGCCAAUGUUAUACUUUGUAAUAAGCAAAGCAGUAAAAAAAUUGCACUUGUUAUUUAUGUCCACUUUGUAUUGUAAAAUGGCUGUAUUCUUUUGAGAAAUUGCACAGCAUCUGCAAACUACAGUAAUUCACAGAACGUUUUAUACACCCUUCAGUGUAAGGAUACCCGUGGUGUUCUGUAUAGUUCCCUCUGAUGUUUGAUGCCAUUUUGGAAUUAACAUUAGCUUAAGUUUACAGUUCAUGAAAUUAGCUGUCUCAGGUUUGUUAGUUGGAACAACGUCCACAUUGUAUGUUUUGACUCCCUAGUAUAUGCCUAGUUUAAUAGUUGUUAGGCAACAUGCCCAAUUUCAUAACAGGUCUUGGAGAGUACAAAUCAUGUCUGGGAAAGGGCUUAACCAUAUUGUCCAAUGUAUUGCAACUUUUCUGGUUGGUGUUUUGUUAGAGUGGACAAACAGUUAAACAGAAAUAUUUUUUUUUUUAGGCUUGCUAAGCAUGCAUCUACCAUAAAUGUAAUGCUUGGCUGUGGCUACAGUGACACUGAUGAAAUAGGUGCUUUUUGAACACAGAUUAGUAAAACAGUGAAAGGAAAGUUACACAAAGGCACUGUCAACUGUAAACAGUCAGGAAAGGAAAAAUGUUUUUUUUUUUUAUUUUACAGCUCACCUGAACCAAAUCAUUUGAAGCACAUACAGCAUCUCACUAUGCUUUUGAACUCUGAAAUCCAGGUUUAGCUAUUUCACAGGCUGGCAUAUCUCAGCUGUCUCUAAGACCUGCUUAGCAUUUUACAUUAAGAUACAGCUUCAUCUGCAGUCCUGUAGGUGAUAUUUCUAAGAGAAGAUUGAGCAUGUGAGAUGGUUUAGCAUGUGAGUGCUUUGUUCACAGAAAUAUGUUUUCUUAGAAAGUGUCAUGAAAAGAGGAGUGGGCUACAUCAGAACUCUAUGAGCCAGUAGCACACUCACAUGGGAUUAAGCCAUGGGAUGACAAUUAAAAAUUUCAAUGGAAAUUGAUCAUAUGUUAUGUUAUUAUAACCAGAAUCUUUUAAUAAUGACACAAACUUAAAAAACAAAAAGGUGUCCCUAUUUUUUUUCUGAAGCUAUAAAGUUAUAAUUCAGUAAAACUGAGUUCAGUAAAACUGAAUUAUGACUGACACAAAUCCACCUUAAUGUCUUCCUUUAUGACUGUGAAUGUAGCUCAAAUUUAUGUGUUCAAACACAUAGUUGGAGCUUUGUAUGUCAGCUAGAUUUCAAUUCUUGUGAAAUAAAUUCAGCUCAUGUUUGAUCUGUGUCUACACAGAAGUGUUGUGUAACUGUCCUCUUACAUGAUGGUGGGAGUGCUUGUACAAAUGACAGCUAUGAUCAUCAAUUACAGAGAGUGUUGCUACACUGAAAAUCCAGGGCAAAACCCUGGUGGAUGUACAAUGUGAGUUAUUCUUUUAAUGAUAACUGAAGACAAGAAAGCUCAAUUUCACCUUAAACAUGUCAUUUUUCUGUGGUUCAGAAAGCAACUAUAGCAAAGAUAAAUCUGAGUCUAAAAGAGUAUUUCUAAAAAUCCAACCAGAGUUACGACGAUGUAAAAGUCACAUUCCUCCCUGCCUUCUGUUGCUGGGCUUUUUGCUGACUUACAGAGCAGGAAUGCAUUGUGUUGGAUUGGUUAAUUUUCCCACAUUGCUCCUCCCUAUGUGCCUCCGAUUUCCAGUGUUGUUAGGUUAUAAUUCAGUGAUGAGUGCUGAAAAUGUGCCAAACCUAUCUGUUUGUAAGUGUUGAUCAAAUUAUGACCACAUUAAUGAAAUCACGCAAUACUUACUAGGUUUGAACAGUAGAUGGCAAACAAUGGAAAUUUUUGUGAGGAAAAAAAAAAGAAUGUAAGGGAACAAUCGGUACUGUUCUGGGAAACUCAAUAAAAAAAAUCAAUGUGUGUCACCAUC